UUUGCCGAGAGACAGAGAAGGGGAUGCCCCCUCACACAUAUUCAUUCUGAACUCCCCCAUAGGAUUUCCUAAGUCUCUUCACCUGCUUCCUGGGCCCUCCACAUUGCCCCAUGCUUCGAGCCCUGGAAAACCCCUUCUUCUUGUUGCUUGGCAAUCCCUGAGUGUCUAGAGGCCCGGAUCUGAUGUCACUUCCCUUUGACGGGGUAGCGAGACCGUACCACACACAUGUGACCUCAGGCAUGCUUACAGACAUAGCUGGAAUGAAGGGUGGUUACUUCAGGGUCUGGGCAAGGGUCCUGGCUGGCAACGCUUGGCUUCCUCUUGGGGGACAGGACUCCUCACUUUUCUAGGAUGCACACAGCUUCAUGUAGGUGAGAGCCUGAAGAAAUAGAGACUCCCAAGCUCAUGCAUCCUCCUCCUAGGACCUUUCCCACACCCACAGAUCCAAAACCACCAGCUCUCAAAUAUCCCAUCCCCAGUCACAGGAGGGGCAUCUGAGGUCUGAGCAACAUUCAUUUUUAAAAAAGUAACUAACUUACACUUUGUGUGGAGGUCUUGUGUGUUAGUGGGAGUGUGCCAUGACGCAUGUUUGGAGGUCAGAGGACAACUUGUGGGAAUCUGUUCUCUCUUUAUCAUGUGAAUCACGUGACCGAACUUAGCUCAGCAGACUUUGGUGGCAGGCACACCUUUACCCACUGAGAUAUCUCGCUGGCCCUUGACAUUUCCUUUCUUGACCUGGGUGGUAGGUAGUUACCAAAUGUUUGCUUGGCAGCCAGGGCUCCCAAGUUACAGUUCAUUAAGCUGCACAUUUGCGUUCUGUGUACUUUUCUGAACGUAUGUUGUAUUUUACAAUCUAAGAAGACAAAAGGAAAGAAAGAAAGAAAGAAAGAAAGAAAGAAAGAAAGGAAGGAAGGAAGGAAGGAAGGAAGGAAGGAAGGAAGGAAGGAAGGAAGGAAGCACAGAAGAAAAAGAGAAGAAACAUUCUUUCCUGACUCCAAGCCCUUAGUCCAGUCACCCACACUGAAGGAGUGUCCACCUGUACCUAUCUCUGCUGGAGUGCCAAGGGCCCCGGGCCCAGCUCUGAAUUGUUGUCAUUUGGAUGACGAGCCCAGAGGCCCAAGAAGGAGUGUGACUCCAAUGGGUCUGACAGUAAGGGUGGGACUUUGUCGAGCUGGACAUUUUACUUGAGGGAACAGCAUGAACAAGCAUUGCUGAGUGGAACUGGGCUCGUGUGCAUGGGGUGUGAAGCAGCAGAGAUGCCCUGUUACUGAAUAUGGUGUAGAUGCUGGGAGGUAUGUCUGGCUUAGAGGCCCAGCUUGCUGCCCCAGCCCCAGAUGUCAGCAGGACAAAUGCUACUUUCAGGGAAGUAGAAUAAAGGACUCUGGGCCUUUAUGCAAAAGCAGACAUGAGAUUUUUGUCAGUUUGUUGUUUUGCUUAAACCACAGGCCCAUGUGAGCUCACAAACUCUAUCCCAGACAGGCGGGAAGUUACAUCUGCCAGACACAUGACAUGGACACCGGAGUUCCUGCAGACACAUUUGCUCUAGGCCUGAAUUUCAGCCCACCCUACCCGGCAGCUGCUUCCAAGGCCAGCGUUAAUGAACGCAGUAGAAGUUGGUGCACAGGGAAGAGACCUCAAGAACAGUGGACUGCAGCCCCUGGAGGCGGCGGUGACGAGCUAGGAGAGGAUCCACUCCCACCCCCAGCCUGGGACCUUGGAAUUCAGAACGUCGUCCACCAUCCCGAGGGGAGGAAGCAGAACUCCAGCAAAACUCUGGAAACUGCCCUAAAUCUAAGACACCAAAGGGCCCACGGGUUCUCCCUCCACCCCACUUUCUGAGAGCAGCCAUGGCCCUGACUGACAUCGACGUGCAGAAGCAAAUCAAGCACAUGAUGGCGUUCAUCGAGCAAGAAGCCAAUGAAAAGGCAGAGGAGAUAGAUGCCAAGACAGAGGAAGAGUUCAACAUUGAGAAAGGCCGCCUCGUGCAGACCCAGAGACUAAAGAUUAUGGAUUAUUAUGAGAAGAAGGAGAAGCAGAUAGAGCAGCAGAAAAAAAUCCAGCUCUCCACCAUGAGGAACCAGGCACGGCUCACAGUCCUGAGAGCCCGAGACGAUCUCAUCUUGGAACUGCUCAGGGAGGCGAAGGAGAGACUCGGUCAAACUGUGUUGGAUCUAGGUUUCUAUCAGGAGCUGCUGGAUAAACUUGUGCUCCAGUCCUUGCUCCGGCUUCUGGAGUCUGUGAUGAUUGUGCGCUGCAGGCCGCAGGACCUCCACCUGGUGGAGGCUGCAGUGCAAAGAGCCAUCCCUCAGUACGUGAUGCUCUGCCAAAAGCAUUCAGACGUCCAGGUUGAUCAAGAGAUAUAUUUGCCAUCGAACACCGCUGGAGGGGUGGAGGUCUAUAGCGGCGACCACAGAAUAAAGGUUUCCAAUACCCUGGAAAGUCGACUGAGUCUCGCGGCCCUGGCAAUGAUGCCAGAGAUACGAAAGACUUUGUUUGGAGUUAAUGCCAAUAGAAAGUUCUUUAUAUAAGGCUCUGGGAAGGGAAGCUUCGGUUGAACUGCAAAGUCAGAAAAGUCUUAAGUCAU